AUAUUUCAAAGUUAAAUGUAAAGAGAGUAACACAUCAUGUGUGAUGUUGCAAAUGUGACUGAAGCUUCCUUGCCAAGAUCAUCUUUAGAUAUCAUGUGUGAGGCUGCGUUAAAAUAUUACUUUGCACAAUAAACGCCGCUAUUACGAUGAUCGAUAUCUCAAUUUAAAGCAAUUGUGAUAAUAUGGAUCACUUUUCUUACAUUUCAAGAAUGAUUACAUUGAUAAAUUAUAAAAAAAAAGAUAUUGCCUGGCAUGAAAGAAAUCGCCAUAAUUUAUAUAGUGUAUAGAAGUUAGAAGUAUAGAAGUGUAUAGAAAAUGUUAAAAUACUAUCAGAAUAUAAGAGUCCAUAUCAUUGGUUGGUCGUACACCGUGCAAGAUGCACGAGAUUGAAGAACACUAUUAUAAAAUAAACUACAAUUUUCUUAAGAUGUUUGGCCUAUGGCCUUAUCAGCAAUCAUUUUUUGCUCGACUACGAAAAGUAUUAUUUAUUGGUAUUCUUUUUGGAUAUAUUAUUGCUCAGUUCCUAUCAUUUUUGACAAUGCAAUUUAGCGCAAAUCUUCUUUUAAAAAUUUUGUCUUUCGUGUCUCCUACUAUUUAUGUCACAAUAAAGUAUUGCCUUUUCAUCGUUCAAACAGAUAAUGUAAAACAGCUGUUAGAGCAGAUUCGAAAUGACUGGGAAUUAGUGAAAGACAAAUUGGAAAUUGAUAUCAUUAAAAAAUACGCCGGGAGUGUGAAAUUUAUUACAAUGUGUACACUUGUGUUUUGUCAUUGUGAUACAUUGUGUUACAUAACAUUGCAAUUUCUACCGUUAAUACUUGACGUUAUAUUACCGUUAAAUGAAUCACGAUCUUUGAAACUUAUCGCGAUCACGGAAUACUUUGUCAAUCGGGAGAAAUAUCUCUGGAUAAUGUUACUUUAUGAAAUAGUUGCCAUUUAUUUAAGAGUGACUACGCUAUGUUGCACCUGUACAACAAUUAUGAUGUAUAUCCUACACGCAUGUGCGCUUUUCAAAGUGGCAAGCUAUCGAAUGGAAAACGCAAUUCAAGAGGAUAUGCUAGCGAUGUGUAAUCCUGUAAAGGAAUAUCUUUUUUAUCAGAAGAUUGCGCGCGUAGUUAUUAUUCAUCGACGGGCCAUUGCGUAUGUCGAGCUUUGGAUAUCUAGUUUUACGAUGAUGUUUACUCUUCUGAUUUUCGUUGGAAUUAGCUCCAUAAGUUUUAGUCUUUUCCAUUUACUUCAAGUAAUAACUACUAGGAACUAUUCUGAUAUAUAUGCAGCUUUUAUAUCAGUGGUGGUCCAGUUUACCUACAUGUUUAUCAUUAAUUAUUGCGGGGAAAUAGUGCAGAAUCAUGGAAUGCAAGUAUUUGAGGCGACUUAUAAUGGAUUAUGGUAUGCAGCUCCAUUGCGUACACAGAAAUUAAUAUUAUUCGUAAUGCAUAGGGCAAUAGUAAAAGUUAAUUUGACAUUUGGGAAUAUAUUUAUUUUAUCCUUGGAAGGUUUUGUUACGCUUGCAAGUAAGGCAGUAUCUUAUUUCACAGUGAUUUACUCCACACGACAAUAAAAAGCCGGAAACCAAAGUUUAUUGUCAGCUUAGUGUAUGUUUUUAUCAAAUAGAUAUAUUUGUAUAACAUAAAUGUGUUUUAAAUUUCUUUUUAUUAAGUUCAGGCUCGUUAUACAUAAUAAUAACUGCAUUGUCAAUAUAUUUAUCCUCUUAUUGUUUAUACAUAAUUGUUUGUUCAUGACGGAACAUAAUAGUAUGACAACAAAAUGUAGAUAGCAAUAGGUACGUGGUAUCAGCAUCUGUUGUUUAAACAGUAAUCAAAUUGUCGACUUACGAGCACAGCAAUAUCUUAUUUCACAGUAAUUUGUUCCACUCAAUGUAGUGUUUAUUCCAAUCCAAUCAAAAUCAUGUAACAUAACGAAAUAUAGAAAGGAAAAUACAAUAAUUAUAUAAUUAUUUGGCUAACAUUUUACAUGUAUUUUUUAUAUGCUAAAUAUUUAUACACUUCAGUUAUGUAUGAUUCAAGCAAUAUUUCAAAGUCCGCUGUAAAGAAAGAAGCACAUUCUAUGACGUUACAAAUGCAACUAAAGCUUUCUUUUUUUCCAUUAUAUUAUAAAUAUCUAUAUUUUAAUCAUCUUUUUUUCAUCAUAUGUAAGUAAUAUAUUUUAGCAUAUAAUGUGCAUUUUAUAAUAUCAUGUUUAUCACUAUUGAGAAAACAUGAUUUAGCAAUAAAAUAAUCUUUAGCGUUAAAAGUGCUCUAUUGCCCACUGAAAAUUAUCUUUUGAUAUGCUACAGUUGUUUGAGCAUAUUGUUUAAAUAUAUUUUUUAACUUUUAUUAGCGGAGAGAAUCUUUAUGGAGAGAACCAUUGUUUAUAAUGAUUUCUUAUGUCGCAUUAUAAUUAUAUUGCUUUAUUGAUCAAAUCAUAUGAAUGAAAUUGUAAAUCGAUCAUGAUUUCUAUAUGUAAUCUAUAAAGUUUAUUUGUUUCAGCGACAGCCUCCGUGCCCAUCAUUAUUGUACAGUGGAACUUCUAUCUAGUUUUUUGGACAUUGUUCUUCUAAAUCAAUUUCGAUUCUUAUCAGAUAUAUUUCAGAUAUAACUUGAUUAUGACAUGUUUUAUUCUCAACGAUAUACAUACGCAUGGAUUUAAUAUAUGUACAUGUUUUAUUUUU